ACGGCAAGGCAACGCCUGUCUUGAAUGGCGGUUGGUUAACCCUUCGUCGAGUUGGCAGAACUUCCGCUUUGCUUGGCGUUCCGCUGCCGGGUUCAGGCUUUGGCUUCGUUAAUUCCCUCACAGCGACUUGGGCGAGAGACGCAGGCCUCGCCUUCAGCGAAAGAAAGAAGCGUCUGAGCGGGUUACUGAAAAUUGGAGGGGUUUAAGUAGGUACGAGGAUGAAGCUGUAUAGCCUAAGUGUACUUUACAAAGGAGAUCCCAAAGUGCAUUUACUGAAAGCUGCCUAUGAUGUGUCAUCAUUUAGUUUUUUCCAACGAUCCAGUGUUCAAGAAUUUAUGACCUUCACAAGUCAACUGAUAGUAGAGCGUUCAGACCUAGGCAGCAGAGCUUCUGUAAAAGAACAAGAGUACCUCUGUCAUGUUUAUGUGCGCAAUGAUGGGUUGGCUGGAGUGGUGAUUGCAGACAAUGAAUACCCACCACGGGUCUGCUUCACAUUGUUGGACAAGGUGCUGGAUGAGUUCUCCAGGCAAGUUAACAGAAUAGACUGGCCCUCUGGAUCCCCAUCGACAAUAGACUACACAGCACUUGACAGUUACCUUAGUAAAUACCAGAAUCCCCGGGAUGCUGAUGCAAUGACGAAAGUACAAGCAGAGCUGGACGAGACCAAAAUCAUCUUGCACAAUACCAUGGAGUCUUUGUUAGAACGAGGAGAGAAGCUGGAUGACUUGGUGUCCAAAUCAGAGGUCCUUGGAACUCAGUCAAAAGCCUUCUACAAAACUGCGCGAAAGCAGAACUCAUGCUGUGAAAUCAUGUGACCCUGUCAGCUCUGUCCCAUCUUCUGCUCUGGACUCUCAGGCCUUCACUCACAUUCAGCACUCCAGAAAAGAGGCAACGAGAAGAUGUAUCCAAAACUACUUACGAUGGCAAUCCUUGUUUCCGGCGUUAGCCACUUUAGCCAGACUGGAUGCCUGGAAUGGGACACAAUCUUGUGGUUCGUGAAUUUAAAACAAUAUUUUAUUCCCCCACUUUGGAAAGAAGGCAUUUUGGACUCCAGGAUGUCUCUGUGAUGGGAGUGAACAUAACUGUACUUUCCCCACUGGCCUGAAGGGGCACUGUCAGUUCUGGCAGUCUGGUUGGUGGUCACUAUUGAACUGUGUGUGGGGUUCCUUUGCCCUGCUUCUUUCUGAAACCUGCGAUUGGCUGUGGACUUGUUCUGUAUUGAUCACUGUUUGCUCAUGUAAAACUAGGAAAGCCAUCUGAAGGUCACAAGCCAGUCCUGAAUCUAGUUUCAGGACUCUGUGCUAUACCUGGUAACAAUGAGGAGUUUCCCUCUGGGCUAAAAUCUCCUAUGCUAGUUGUGGAGGAAAGGCAGAAACUUUGUCAAUCUGUCACCUCAUUCAGAGUCGCUCUUUGUUGACUGAUAUGCUGGGGGGAGACACCUGGGGUGGGCUGAGAACUGGUGCUGGUUUUUUAAAUGAACAGAGGGGCUCCAUGGGGGUGGGGGAAAGGGUUCAUUUGAGUGAAGUUGCUUGAAAUUCUUCUUCCUUGGCUGAAGAUGGGAAGCUCUUCCUGUGCUAGGACUGUGUUUGCCAACAUGAGAGACACCUGUCGGUCGAUGGGUUUUCACAAUUUACACUACUGCCCUUUGUCCAGUGCAGGGUUUUUUUUAAGAAGGCACAAUGCUCUGCAGCUUCACCUGAAAAUUUGCACCUCAGAACUGAUUUGAGGUUGGCUUAUCCGUGGGUUCUAUUCGGUGGCUUGUGUUGUUUUGCUAUGCAGCCUGGUUAUCCUCCUGCACCGGCACUGCUGUGCAGCCUGGUUAUCCUCCUGCACCGGCACUGCUGUGUCAUGGCUAUUUGGUAGUGCCUGUGCUAUAGUAUUGACCUGUAGCCAUUUGUUGAUGGCAUUUGUGGUGAUAACCAGAAGCAUUAUCUGCUGCUCUCCGUUAGGAGCUGUGCCAGAGUUCUGUGAAGUUUGACCCAUCUUAGCCUCCGAAGUUGUGUUACUUGAUGUUGUCUUGUGAUGUUCUUAGCUGGCUCUACAUGCCUCCUUCCUGGAGGGCUUGUUCCUGCCUGCUAGUCUUGUGUAAGUACUAGAUGUUGUUUUAGUACUCUUCUUUCUAUCAGCGAUGCCUGAGUUCUGAGGUCUGCCCUACCAUGGGAGGCAGGGAGACUGUUCUGCAAUUGAAUUUUCCUGUUUGAUUUAACCUAUCUCUCUUGCAGCAAGGUUAGGUGGGAAUGUUUGUGCACAUGCAUGUGCACCAAGGUGAGAGAUACAAUGCUUCAAAUAGAUUUGUGGCUGGAAAGGGACCUGAUGAACGAGAAGUGGUAGUAAGCAGGGCUGCAUUGUAAGUCAAUAGUAUUGUGGGUGGGUCAGCACAAGACUGACAUCAGACAGGGUAUUCCCCGCCCCCCCAAAAAAGAGAAAUAACCAGCGUUCAUCUGGAUAGUUGGGGUGGUCACUGAAAAAGAGAGGGGGGUCAGUUUCCUUGUGCCAUCCUACAGAAACCUGUCCUUAAAUGUUAGUAGCAGAUGCAGUCUGUCUGGGCAAAGUGGAGGCUUGCUGACUGAAUUGCAAGGAAGAAUGCCAUCCUGGCCUUUGUUCUCUUUCUUCACACUUGAAAGGCAUAUGGCUAUUUUUUGCAUUUGUGUCCUAUUCUAACUGCCUUUAAUUCUUGCAACCAGUGGUUACCAAAUUGCAAAUCUCUUACUACUUAAUCACCUGCUGAUAAAAAGCAUUAACAUUGAGCUCAGAGCUUUGUAGGCAUGAAGCAGGCUAACUGAGCAACCUAGAGCUUUAAUAAGCUUCUGUUUAUCUUAGAUGGCCUAUAUGGGAGGGGCGGGGGUGGUCCCGGGACUUUGGCAGCUUGGCUGCAUUUAUGUGCUCUCUGUCGCCAGUCUUCUUAGGGAAAGGGGUUGGGUUAAAGGUUGCACCAGAGGUAGUCUCUGCUUGAACUGGCAUGUAAGGUUGCAUGGGUAAGAUCCAACGCAACAUCUCUCUUGAUGCCAGUGUGAUUGCCUUAAUUAUUCUUUCUUCCCUCUCUACUUCAGAUCUAGGCCCAGGGCUGUUGUGUUUUUCUGUAAAGCCAUCUUCUGCAGUAGCCAGUUUAGUUUCUGGGCUGUUGCAGGGGCUUCGAUCAUAACAAGCAUUCCUAAUAGACAGGGGUGGGUAGAGAGCUGCUGUGAGUUCUGUGCUUUCUUACUUCAGAAGAGAGCUGUUCUUCCCACUCAGCAUGGUUUGAAUGAAAACUGGACUUAGAACUUGCCAAGAGAAGUAAAGAGCAAACUGGUUUAGUUACUGUUUUCUGCUAUGUUAAUGUGCUCAUAUCUAAUCCCGUUCUCCUUCUAAUGGGGAAGCUUCUACUUAAAAACUGUAUUUUAAUAAAUAUUGCCUAACUUUU